GGUUCAACAGCCAAACGAUAGGCAUACAGAUUCAAUAGCAUUUGGGACUUACAUACAAAGAGUAAGGCUUUCAACUUUGAGUAUAUCUCAGAGAAAAUAAUAUAUUGAUUUCAAUUCAAGACCCUACACGGUAUAAUAAAUGGAAGCUAGGGCUAAAUAGUGUCACAUACUGAUAUCAAGGCUGGGAAUCAAUAUUCUGAAGUAUAAGCGAUCAACUAUUUAGUCAUAUUUAUGCAAGAGAGGUGUUAACGUCUGCUCUGCUGUGUUGGUGGUUACUAUUGAGAUAGAUAAAGAGCAGACAUGUAAAAAAAUCAUUUUAUGGUUUCAAAUUAACAAAUGUGGUUACUCUGUGCAAAUAAACUGUAUACCUGUGGAGUUACGCUCAAUACCAUGACAGGUACAUAUUUCAAAAGGAAAAUCUGAUCUUUUUAGUGAUAUGUUUAAUUGUGGAUUUUGAACGCAAGGUUUUUACAGAAGAGAUUGUGGUAAUUCUGUUGUUGUUAUUUUCCUGGAAGCUGAAGUGAUAUAACACACUGGAAUUUGGCAAGUCAAGGAGACUUGUAUUCUUCUUAGCCAGGCAAGUGUGAGCUUUUACAAUGUGUGUGCAAUAUCUGAUAUCGGUGAUGGCAGAAAAGUAGGUCUCCUUGUGUGUGUUAGGGUGAAAAUCGGGAAAAAUAUUUGUGGCAAGCUUUAUAGCAUUGUAACACUCAAAGCUGCGUAGAAUGGAGAGUCAAAUGGACUGGCUUUCUAACGAUGUCUGUGAGGGUUUCGCUAAUGUUGGAAUCAGCUGCUCCAAUACAGACCCAGUAAGCAGUUUCAAAUCGGACAGAUAUCAGAAUUUUGGUUGUGAAAACAAACCAUAUCCAAGUAUGAGCUACCCGGAGCAUUCUCGCGGGGCCAUACCAAACAGACUGGGCCCUGAUGUUCUCCUUCAGAAUGGUCAUGUUUCACAAUCACAGACUUCAGACGUUUUUGGGCCGAACGGCAUCGACCAUGGCGGAUGUAACACGAAAAUUAGCCACAAAUCUAACAGAUUUUCUGUGAGUAAUGGUAACCCUGGCAUCGAUGAAAACAUGCGCUUCCCUGAACAGAAUUUCAGGAACGAUGAUUUCUUUGAGGACUGGAAUAUCGGAAGUGAUGCCCAGAAAUUUUGUCCAGAUAUUAAGUCCUCAAUUGAUCAUGGAAGCGAUGGGGUGAAUUUGGCGGACAGUUCGUCAAUGGAUGAUAUUAAUUACCAGGAGGGCAUGGCUUUUAAGAAGAGGGAUCAGAAGCGUAGACCGAAACCCAAGGAUGGCACGGUGCUGAUAUGCCAGAUAUGCGGUGAUAGAGCACUGGGGUACAACUUUGAUGCCAUAACCUGUGAAUCCUGUAAAGCUUUCUUCAGAAGAAAUGCUCUUAAAACAAAGGUGUUCACAUGCAGUUUUGAAGGGAGCUGUAAGCUUGAUCCACACACACGCAAGUUUUGCUCAGGUUGCCGGCUGAAGAAGUGUAUGGACGUAGGAAUGAAAAAGGAAUGGAUACUCAGUGAUGACCAGUUAGCCAAGCGACGGAAAAAGAGCACUAGAUCAUCGUCAGGUGACGAGAUGAAAUUCCACUCGCCCUCAUCACAAACUACCUUGACCUCUCCACCCCAGGUGUCACCGUCAGGGGUGCACGGGGCAUACCGCCCGCCGCAUAAAAUGGACAUGUACUCGCCCACGGGCUCUAGCAGCGAGGGGGAGGUGAACUCCACGAACUAUAUGUCUGAUUCCACGGAGAACAGCAACAUUAGCAGUCCCCUAACAUCCUCUUACCUCACUUUGUCCCCGUCCGUGGUGAAAACGGAACUCAACGAAGACAAUUACAGUCGGCCCAUUCCUCCAGACGUAGCACUAGAAAUCCUGCAACUCGAAAAAGAUUACAAUUCAGUGUUUGACAGCGGUUACACCGACGAUCAGUCGAGAAGGUUUACGGAAAAGCCGCACAAUGCCAAUGACUUGUUUAAUAUGACGGACAUUUUUAUUCGGCGGCUUAUAAAGUUUGCGAAACAUAUACCAGAGUUUAAGGCGCUCAAACAAGAAGACCAGAUACACUUGCUUAAGGGCGGAAUAAUGGAAAUCAUGGUCCUGCGAUCAGCCAUGGGCUUCGAUCCUCAAAAUCUCAAGUGGAAAGUACGGGAACAGCAGGCCAAAGAGUCGGGGGAAAUCAAGCUGGAUCCCUCCAUCAUAAAGGAGCACCUGGGUUCCAGCAUGUACACUGAUCACAUUCAGUUCGUGAAGGGACUUCAUCAGCUGACGCGAAGUGAUCGGACAGUAAUGACCUUAAUGUUCGUCAUCGAGAUCUUCUCGCCGGAUCGGGCAAACCUGAAGAACACAGAGUCCGUGAAACAGACGCAGGACAAAUUCACGCGUUGGCUGCAGCUGUACUUGGAAUCCACGAUGCCCAUAGUCGAGGCCGAGAGACUGUAUCCGGAGCUACUCAAGAAGAUGCUCGAGGUGAGGAGUAUCGGGGACGCCAGUGCCAAACUAGCGUCGAAUCUUGACAUCUCCAAACUGGAACCACUGCUUAUCGAGGUGUUUAAUCUGCAAAAGUGAACUUGAAUGGUGUUAAUGACCUAUGAGCCCUUGACUUUAGGGUAUUUGAUUCGUCAGGCAGGUUCGGGUUUUUCAGUCAGGAAUUGACAGUGGAAAAAUGAUCUCUAGGGGGUAUUUGACGUCUCUCUCUGCACCACGUGUGGAGUCUCCAGGGUGCCCUGUUUAAAUUGGCACCUUGUUUUCAGUGUUCGAAUUGGGAUAAUUGAUGUUAGUUAUUGUUAUUAGUGAGUUAUUUACGUUAUUCAUCAGAGUGCUAACGAACUUAUGCUGAAAAUGUUUUUGUUUUUUAUAUAUAAAUAUAUAUAAAAACUUUUAAGCAUGUAUAACUGUGCAUUAUAACAGAUCUACAAAUGGCCGCGUACCUGUUGUUUUUUUUGUCCUGUUGAACUGAUAGCAAAAUUGUGUAGUUUUAUUGCACUCAUAAUAAAUGUAUGGGUAGUAUAUGAUAUAUAACAUGUUAUAUUCCUUUAUACAUAUACAUGCAGGCUCAAAGAGUGCAGUCACCCUCAAGUUUUUCAAUAGAAGAGCAGUAUAUAAAUAAGCAUAGGACAUGUUUCAUACAUGUUUUUUAAUAAUACUUUUUCAUUGGUUACAAUAAGUUCAGAUUCAAAACAACAUAAACAACCCAUUUGACAAUAAUUUACAUUCACUGAAAAACUCGAUAGCAUGAUAAGGAAUUUGUGCGUCAAAAUGUAGGAAUCGGUAGGUCAAACUCUGGAUGUAUCUGUUCAGCAAUGGCAACAAAUUGCCUGGUGGUUUAUGGCAGCUUACAAAAUUAAAUGUGGCCUGGAUUGAUUUUUCUCACAGAGAUGUGACUGGACUGUGGUUCUCCUUGCAUAAUGCCAAAUGCUGCAUGGUGGUUUAGGCCCUGCAGGAGUCAGAUUCUCAGACUUUUUCAGCAGCUGCAUUUACCUUGGAGGGCUACAUGUCAUUCCUCGUUUAUCAAAUGGAGACAUCUUGUUUUUUCGGAACUAGUUUUUUUUCAGCAGAAGACAUGGUUGAUUCUACAGCAAGGGUUAGAGAUUAUUAAGUGAUUUGGAUAGAGAAUAUUAAGUGAUAUCCAGUUGAGUUCAUUAAGUGAUUGUGUUAGAGAUUAAUAAGUGAUUACAUUAUAGAUAUUUAGUGAUUUCUUGGUUAGAGAUUAUUAAUUGAUUUCUGCCGAAAUAAAUAAAUUGAUAUUCCAUGAAAUAUACCUGGUCUCCUUAAUUUCUUUUUACAUCGGCUAUGCGAGAAUGUUGCAUUGUUUAUACAGCUUUUACAAAUCCAGAAAUGGUUUAUCUUCCUUUUGCAAAUUUAUAACAAAAUUAAUUUUAUGGCCGAGCAUCAUGAUCUUGCCUUUUAUUAUUUUUAAGCGAUGUUGUUUUAAAAUGGACUAACCUCUGAAACCUUUUAAUGUUCACAGGAAGCCAAUCUGGCAUAAGGCAUUGUUUGGUCACAUGUCCUUUGCCAUAAACACCACAAACACAACUAUAUGGUUGCCAUAAUAAUAUCAUUGCAGACGGUCUUUGGUUCAGUUUGGCUCUGUGACAACUCAUGGAAGACUUUUUACCUCACACAUCCUAUCGAUCUAUGUAUCAUAGCUUACCUGCAUAGCAGUAUAAACACUUAUGUAUUUCACAUUUACUAAAUAUGAGGGCAUAUAUGUUAUAUGGAGCACAAAUCAUACUUCACAACCACUGAUUCAUAAUUUUUUUUUUUACUUCUGUUGUAUUGUUUAUGUUUUCUUUGGCCAAACUUCGCAGUGAUGCAAGAUCCAUUUCAAAUAUGCCAUUCGCAAAUAUCAGCAAACCUCAUAAGUUAAAUGUUUUUUGUGACAUAAUAAAUAAAGAUUUUGAAUUGUUAGAAAAAAAUGUUGACAGUUUGUUACAAAAAAAUUGUCCAAUGAUUUUAAAAAGGAUGAUGCAAUAAAUUAAUUCAGUAACAUAAUUGGGUUAUGGUAUAUAGAACGAGAAUAAUUGUACAUUACAUAAUGAAAUUAUGUAAAAGUUAGUAAUAAUUGUACUGUACAUUUUAUUUUUUACAUUCAGGAAUGUGCCACACAGGUUUACAUGCAAAUAUAAUGUUUUACCAUUUGUAUUUAUUGUUUCAUUUUGCUUCUUUUUAUCUUAUUGUACAGUGUUUUGUCACCUUUCUCAUGCAUGCUAUGCUUCAAUUAUUUCUUCAUUUAAAUAAUUUUCUGGUAAUGUGUAUAACACUACCAGUCUGUUUAAUUGUAGAAUUUUAAGAUUGGUAUGUUAACCCAUUUAUGCCUAGCGUCUAGAAAAAAGGCCUUGGCAAACAGCGUAGACCCAGAUGAAAAACCGCUUGAUGUGGUGUCUCAUCAGGGUCUGCGCUGUUUGCUUAAAGGAAUUUCUGUAAGAAAUAUUCUAAAUAUAGAAAUAAAUAUACUAGACAUCCCUAAUUUAGGAAAUAAAUUGAUCCAAUUUAGAAGGAUGGGAGAGUCCACUAGGCAUAAAUGGGUUAAUGAGACACUCUGAAUCCCUCUGAUUUCAUCAUAAUAUUUGCUUAGUAAUUACUUCACCGAGUCAAUCAAAGAUAGCAAUCAGAAUAAGGUGUUUUGACAUUUAAUAUGUAUAACCAAAUAUGGGGUGUGCUGAGUAAUGUAGUCAAAUAUGCUGGUGUAAUUUAUUAUUUGUACUUGAAAUUUUGCAAUUUUGUAAGUACAUUUGUUUACCCCCAAACAUUCCAGAUUAGUAUAGAAAUGUAUUGGCUAACUGUAUAAAAUACAUCAUAUAGAUUGGUAUAUCACAUGUGCAUUCACUGAUUAUAUUUUAAGUGUUUAUUGUCCCCUACCGGUGAAACCGGAGGGGACUUAUGGUUUGCGCUCUGUGUGUCAGUCAGUCCUGAAAAUGUUGGAAUUUCUGACAAUGGUGGAGCCGGUAGGGGACCAUAUUGCUUGACAAUAGCCUUGUUUUUAAAGUGUAAUUAAGGCCAUAUUAGCUAUCGUACGGUUCAUUAAAUGAACCAAUUAGUGUAAAUGUUCAUAUUCUUCAAUGCAAUGAUGUGAUCUUAAGCAUUUUUGAAAAGCAACGUUUCUUAAUGCAAAAAUGAAUAAUUGUUUUGCAAUUUCAACUUAUGUGAUGCGGAAAAAAAUAAAACCGGUGCAUUUACUUGUGAUUUAUAACUUCAGAUUUUUGUGAUCUUUGCCACAUAUAAGUUUAAAAAUUAAAAAGGCAUUUAAAUUCUACCUUACACUAUUUAGUCUAUUGGAUUAGGACAAGACAGUAUUGGAUGUGUGUAGUGCAUUAUGCUACCAUUGCCAAUUACAUUUAUCUUACCUCAAAUUUGCCAAUUUGUCUUCACAGACAAAGAUUGUAGUCUAUUUGCCUCUUGACAUAUAUUUUGUAGACAAGAUAUUACUCUAAGCCCAAAGCCUAAUUACCCAAGAAGUGUCAAGCCCAAUAUUUUGUAAUUCAGCACAAUGCAAAACAUGCACAUAUACACUCAAUUCUAAAAUUUCCGACAACAAUCAUCCCCAAAAAUCAAACCCAGCAUACCGGUUUCGCAGAUGGCAAUUUGUUUUGCUGCAUUUUUGUUCUGUGUUCCACCUAUAAUGUUAUAGGAAAUGUGCCCACAGUCCUGUAGGCUGCAUAAUAUGAACAUGUUUGGAUGUCUAGAGUGACAGCUGCUGGAUCCGUUUCUCGUGUGAUUUAUCGAGCGAUAGUCGGGGAGCCUGGUGGCCUGGCAAAAGCUGGGUACCAGGAGGUGAUUGAGCAUGAUUUAAGAAGUGAUAGCUUUGAGCCAGAAUGGUGGCUGGAUGAAAGCUGGGUACCAGAGAGUGAUGGGACAUAAUUUAUGCAGUUUGUUCAGGAGCUGGAAGGGUGGCUGGAUGGAAGCUGGGUACCAGAUUGUGACGGAGCAGCUAUUCAUGUAAACUGCUCUGCAGAUGUUGUUCAGCUGCUUAAGCAUUUGUCUGAUGGUAAAUUAUUUCUGUUUGUGGUUAACCCUGCACCACUCACAUAUGCAUUUUGACUUGUUUGUAGUUCCUUCUUAUGAGUUUCAAGUUCAAAAGCCAUCAUUUUCAACUGGAAAUACUGAUGAGCAGCUAACAGCAUGAAACUUAACAGACUGGGAUUUCCUGGCUUUAUACUGGUUGCAUAUAUGUCCAUUUUCACUUUCAUUUUGAGCGGGAAAUUUAAGUGUAAAGCAUUUGUCUGAUGUGGGUUCAGCAAAAUAGAUGUUUAUUGUUACCACUUUCCAUCCAUUCUGUCAUCAUUUUUUCAUCAAAUUAAUUAGCUUUUGUUAACAUUUCAGACAUUCGUUUGAAGUGAAAAGUCUUGACAUUAUGUAAAAAGUGUGCACAAUGUUUUAUAAUCUUAAUUUUGGUGCAACUGUAAGCAAUACUUAUAAUACUUUAUUAUACCAUUAAGAUUCAACAGUUAAUUAUUUCACACAGCAUGACUGUGUUAUGUACUUUAAAAAAAUAACAAGCUUUAUCAACUUAACAGUAAUCAAAGUCAACUCAACAGUUAAAAAGUUAGUUUUCUUGUCACACAACUGUAAAUGUUAAUUGUGUUCACAGUACACUACAACCCUGUAAUGCUCAAGAUCAGAAUAUUUAUGUAAUUCUUCUCCCUCCAUUAAAUCACUACAUUACCUGCUGAUCACCUCAGGUUGAAUUUCUGUCACACGCUUUCUAGCCUAAGUACUCUUGUGACAUGAAAUGGGCAAUUAGGUUUGAAAUUGUGUUCAAAAGCACUCUAUCUUUUUAACUGAUAUUUUUGUAUUUGUUUUCUCGCUGUAAGCAUUAUGGUUUGACAAGCCAUUAGUCUUUGAAGUCAUUUUGAUGCAUAGGUAGUUAUCACAGCAUAAUAAAUGUGAAAAACUGAGCAUGAUUUAUGAGAAGACAUAAUUAAUGCUUUUUCAACUUAGUUUAGUUAUCUAUUACUGUCUGGUGCAUUUUUAACUUGACUGAGCACAUAGUGCUCAUGGGAAGCUUUUACUCUUUCAGUGCUGUAACCGAAUUUUGACGGCCUUUGCAAACAGUUUGGAUCCAGAUGAGACGCCACAGAAUGUGGCGUCUCAUCAGGAUCCAAACUGUUUACUAUUCUGAUAGUAUUCUUUGCAAAAAUUCGAAGAAAAUGCUACUUUUAGAAAUUCAGCAGACAACUUUUUAGCAGACUUCAAAUUUCCCAGCAUGCAAAGGGUUUAGGAUACUGUCAGUUGUCUGGCAGAUCGUGUGUGUCUGCAUCUUCAUGCUUCUUUUCUCAUCUAUUGACUUCAAAGUAACUAUUAAGGAACAAUCCAUGAGUGACCCUCAUUAAUACUUGUUCAAAGUGUUCUGUUCUGUUCAAUAUUUUCCUCUGAAAUACAAGGGUAAGGGUUUAAUAUAAAGUGUGCAUCAUCAUCUUUAGUCUUCUACUCAUUUACUGCAAGUCAUAUACAAAAUUACCAAAUGGUAGAGGACCACCAAUCAGUGUUACCCGGUACAAGCAAAAUAGAAAACCUCUGGAUCUUGCAAAUUUAGGGGGAAAAAUGUUUUUUCACAAUUUAAUAAUUAAAAGUGUUUCUACAAAAAAAUUAAUGUCCUGGUAUCUAAAGAAGUCUUAGAAUUGGUUUGCAUUUAUUUUAGGUUGUGUCACAUUGUGGAACACUUUAAAAUUGGCUUCUUGCAUCCAUGAACUCACAUAUCCUAUGGUAUAAUGCAUUAACAUUUUAUAACAGAUUGUGUCAAAGAAUUUACAGCUGGUAUGACCAUACAGUCUUAUCCCUGUAUUUAUUCCGUGUAAGAAAAAAAGAUCUAUGUUAUUUUGGUAUUUUUUCUGUGUGCAAAAUCAUCAAAAAUUUGAAAUUAUGUAUUUCUUUAGUUUAUAAAGGUUUAUGUAUAACAUUUCUUAACCCUUUAUCUCGCAGAAACAAAUGGAAAAUGACUCGCAGUCUGUUCAUGUUUCAUGAUGUUUGCUGCUCAUCAGUAUCUAACUUUUAGAAAUGAAGCCUUUAAAAUUUGAAUCUAGUAAGAAAGGUCUUUAUAUAAAUGUAUCUUUCUGAGAGAUUAAAAAUUUGUCAAAAUAGUAUUUAAGUGGUAAAAGGUUAAUUAAAGCAUUUGCAAGUACCCUGAACAGUACAUUAUAGUUUAUUAGUUCUUUAUAAUUUUCUUUAAGUAGUAUGCACAGAACAAUCCUUCCAACUGCAUCGGACACCCUAUGUUGUGGGCACAUGUUACAUACUUUGUUAUACAUCUUUAAAGUUAGAAUAAGAUAGACACCAAUCUUAGAGUUGACAUGGUUUAGAUAGACACCAAUCUUAGAGUUGACAUGGUUUUUGUACUUUUUUCACAUGCACUUGGUCCUUUCUUGUUUGUGCAUUAUUGUUCUAGAUUUUAUAUUAUAUCACUUGUAUGGUUAUUCAAGCAAUUUUGAUGGGGUUUUUUAUAUUAAAUUUGGCGUUUUUAUAACCAUCUUACUGCAUGUGCAUAAAGUGUUCUUGGAUUCAUCUGUGCAAGCCACAAUGGCUUAUCAGGGAUGACUGGAUUUUCAUUGAGAUAAGACUUCCUGGUAACGAAAUAUUCCAUCUAAGGGGACAGUGUCGUCCCUUAUUAUAAGCCUGGACAGAUGGGACAGUGUCGGCCCUUAUUAUAAGCCUGGACAGAUGGGACAGUGUCGGCCCUUAUUAUAAGCCUGGACAGAUGGGACAGUGUCGUCCCUUAUUAUAAGCCUGGACAGAUGGGACAGUGUCGGCCCUUAUUAUAAGCCUGGACAGAUGGGACAGUGUCGGCCCUUAUUAUAAGCCUGGACAGAUGGGACAGUGUCGGCCCUUAUUAUAAGCCUGGACAGAUGGGACAGUGUCGUCCCUUAUUAUAAGCCUGGACAGAUCCUUGGAAGCAUAUUAGGUGCAUACUUUACAUUUAUUUACAAUAUCUUUUGUAACAUGGUAAGAUUUCUUGGCCAAAAUCCAGACUGAAACUCUCAAGAACAAAGCGAAAACCUCAUUAACUGUCAUUUUUAACUAGAAUUAAAUGAUGUCACCAGCGACUGUCACUAUAAAAUAUCAACAACAAAGUCCAGUCCCCAUUUAUUGUCACUUUUAAAUGCAUAAAAAUAAAUUAGUCUCUAAUGACUGCCACUUGAAAUCAACAUCAGAAUGGUGGCAUAAAAACUGCCUGGAUCUCUUUGAGUGUGAACCCCGGUGUUGAAAUAUUUUUAUUGUGUGCUCAUUGUUGUAAGUGUAUUGCCAAGAAAUCAUGUUCUGUUAUACACUAUUUAAGUGAUGUUUAUCUAUACAUAGAAUUUUUGCCAUCAAGAGCCAGAAUGGCUUAUUGGCUUUCAAUGUGUAUGUGAUGAUAGGGCAGUGUGGUUAUUAACAGAAAAAACUGUUAAAUGCUUACAAAAUUUGUCACAUUUUAUGUCGGUCAUGUUUUAUCCUUGGUUAUGUUCAAGUUAAGUUUAUUUGCAACACCAAGUGUGUGUUUUAGUGUAGUGUGUUUUUUCAGUGGUUAAGUAUUUUAAUACACUGUUUCUGUAGCACUGCCCAUUCUUUAAGUGGACAAAACACAAAUAGACAUUAAUGAUAUGUGUGGCAACUCUAAUACAAUUUUAGUUGUUAUUGGAAUGUAAGUCACUAGCUUGAACAUGUAGUGCACUGUGUAAUGAUAACACAUUGUAUGUUUUCACACAGUGAAAGGUUAACAUUGUGUGAAUGGAAAGAUUGCUUAUUUAUUUUAUUAAUGAAAUGCAUGUGCAUUUAAAGUUAUAGAUUUAUUCAAUGUGGUUUUGUGAUAAUUACUGAAGAAGAACAACAAAUUUUGUGAAACUAAAUAAGGCCACAACUUCAUUAUUUAGUCUGUAUAAUUAAAUAGUUUUAUUUGUCGUAUACUAUAAAAAUUAUACCCCCAUUACCAAUGGUAAUGGGGGCUAUCCCCAUUACCAAUGGUAAUGGCGGCUAUAUAGAGUCACUUUGUCGGUCGGUCAGUCUGUCUGUCUGUCGGUCUGUCCUGAAAGCUUGUCGGGGCCAUAACUAUGUUGUUCAUUGUGAGAUUUUAAAGUCAUUCGGCACAAUUGUUCACCAUCAUUGGACGGUGUGUCGCGCGAAAGAAUUACGUAGAUAUCUCAAACGUCAAGGUCACACUUUGAGUUUAAAGGUAAAAAAUGGCAAUAAAUGAGCUUGUCCGAGCCAUGACUUUGUCAUUUAUUGUGAGAUUUUAAAAUCAUUUGGCAGAUUUGUUCCCCAUCAUUAGAUAGUGUGUUGCGCAAAAAAAUAACGACGAUAUUUCCAAGGACAAGGUCACACUUUGAGUUCAAAGGUAAAAAAUGGCCAUACAUGAGCUUGUCCGGGCAAUAACUAUGUCGUUCACUGUGAGUUUUUUAAAUCAUUUGGCACAUUUGUUCACCAUCAUUGGACGGUGUUUCACGCCAAAGAAUUAGGUCGAUAUCACCAAGGUUAAGGUGACACUUUGAGCUCAAAGGUCAAAAAUGGCCAUAAAUGAGAUAAUGUCUGGGCUAUUACUAUGUCGUUCAUUGUGAGGUUUUAAAAAUUAUUUGGCACAUUUGUUCAACAUCAUUGGAUGGUAUGUCACGCGAAAGAAUGACAUUGACAUCUACAAGGCCAAGGUCACACUUUGAGUUCAGAGGUCAUAAAAAGGCCAUAAAUGUGCUUGUCCGGGCCAUAUCUAUGUUGUUCAUUUUAAAAUCAUUUGUUCACCAUCAUUGAAAGGUAUGUUGCACGAAAGAAUUAUGUCGAUAUCUCCAAGGUCAAGGUCACACUUUUAGUUCAAAGGUCAAUAAUGGCCAUAAAUGAUAAUGACAUAGUAAUUCGUAAAAAAUCGCCAUAAAUUAGCUUCUCUUGUUUUGUGAAGACAGCAUGCAAAAUAGUCUGUGUCAAUGCGGCAUGUGGGGGUAAACGUCACGUCUGUGUCAAAGCUCUAGUUAUUUUUAAGUCUAUAUUAAGAUGCUAAUUUUUUGGUAGGAGAAAUCCGAGGUAUUGUCAUACCCAGCUCGUCAUGUCGUCCUCCGUCGUCGUGCUAAAACUUGCACAUAGUGCUCUAAAAUCAAAGUGCUUCCACCUACAACUUUGAAACUUCAUAUGUACCUGCACCUUGAUGAGUUCCAGACGCCACACCCAUUUUUGGGUCACUAGGUCAAAGGUCAAGGUCACUGUGACCUCUAAAAAAAAAGACAAGCUUUCAUUUAUUUUGCCCCCCCCCUCUUCUUCGAAGAAGAGGGGGUAUAUUGUUUUGCUCAUGUAGGUCCGUAUGUCUGUAUGUCCCUCCGUCUGUCCGUCCACCAGAUGGUUUCCGGAUGAUAACUCAAGAACGCUUAGGCCGAGGAUCAUGAAACUUCAUAGGUACAUUGAUCAUGACUUGCAGAUGACCCCUAUUGAUUUUGUAGUAACUAGGUCAAAGGUCAAGGUCAUGGUGACCCGAAAUAGUAAAAUGGUUUCCGGAUGAUAACUCAAGAACGCUUAUGCCUAGGAUCAUGAAACUUCAUUGAUACAUUGAUCAUGACUCGCAGAUGACCCCUAUUGAUUUUCAGGUCACUAGGUCAAAGGUCAAGGUCACGGUGAUCCGAAAUAGUAAAAUGGUUUCCUGAUGAUAACUCAAGAACGCUUAUGCCUAGGAUCAUGAAACUUCAUAGGUACAUUGAUCAUGACUCGCAGAUGACCCCUAUUGAUUUUCAGGUCACUAGGUCAAAGGCCAAGGUCAUGGUGACGAAAUAGUUAAAUAGUUUCCUGAUGAUAACUCAAGAACGCUUAUGCCUAGGAUCAUGAAACUUAAUCAUAGGUACAUUGAUCAUGACUAGCAGAUGACCCCUAUUGAUUUUGAGGUCACUAAGUCAAAGGUCAAGGUCACAGUGACCCGAAAUAGUAAAAUGGUUUCCGGAUGAUAACUCAAGAACGCUUUUGCCUAGGAUUAUGAAACUUCAUAGGAACAUUGAUCAUGACUCGCAGAUGACCCCUAAUGAUUUUCAGGUCACUCGGUCAAAGGCCAAGGUCACGGUGACCUGAAACAGUAAAAUGGUUUCAGAUUAUAACUCAAGAACGCUUAUGCCUAGGAUCAUGAAAUUUCAUAGGUACAUUGAUCAUGACUCGCAGAUGACCCCUAAUGACUUUCAGGUCACAAGGUCAAAGGUCACGGUGACUUGACACAGUAAAAUGGUUUCCGGAUGAUAACACAAGAAAGCUUAUGCCUAGGAUCAUGAAACUUCAUAGGUACAUUGAUCAUGACUCGCAGAUGACCCCUAUUGAUUUUCAGGUCACUAGGUUAAAGGUCAAGAUCACAGUGCCAAAAAACGUAUUCACACAAUGGCUGCCACUACAACUGACAGCCCAUAUGGUGGGCAUGCAUGUUUUACAAACAGCCCUUGUUAAAAACUGCACCUGCAGUCAAGCGUUGGCACCUGUUAUGCGGUGCUCUUGUUAAUAAAAACAAUUGUACAUGUAUUGACACUAUUGUGUAUUGUGUUUUUGUGUGUGUGUGUGUGUUAUUACCAGAAGUUUUCAGACUGUAAUACAUGUAUAGCAUUUAAGGCCAAGCUGGUGAAUCUAAUAUCAUUAGAAACUUCUCCUGCUCCUUAUUCAUCCAUGGGAAUGUUAAAUGACAUUCCACUGGGACUAUUAUUAAUUGUUAACAUUCAUUUUUAUACGCCCGUCUAUGACGGGACGUAUUAUGGUAUACCCCGCGUCCGUCCGUCUGUCCGUCCGUCUGUCCGUCCGUCUGUCCGUCCGUCUGUCCGUCCGUCUGUCCGUCCGUCCGUCCGUCUGUUAAUGUCGUACGCUACGUCAAAUAUCCUUUGACAGAUUUUCUUCAAAUUUUAACACAAUCUUAAUAUUGAUAAACCCUGAUCCCCUUUCGUUUUUGACGGAAUUCUGAAUUGUCGUUCCAGAGUUAUGGGACUUUGUUCGUCAAAAUUUCGUGAUUUCAUUGAAUGUCCUACUGUAGCUCAAAUAUCCUUCGAUGGAUUUUUUUCAAAUUUCAACACAAUCUUAAUAUUGAUAAACCCUGAUCCCCUUUCGUUUUUGACGGAAUUCUGAAUUGUCGUUCCAGAGUUAUGGGACUUUGUUCGUCAAAAUUUCGUGAUUUCAUUGAAUGUCCUACCGUAGCUCAAAUAUCCUUCGAUGGAUUUUUUUCAAAUUUUAACACAAUCUUAAUAUUCAUAAACCCUGAUCCCCUUUCAUUUUUGACGGAAUUCUGAAUUGUCGUUCCAGAGUUAUGCGACUUUGUUCGUCAAAAUUUCGUGAUUUCAUUAAAUAAACUGAAGUAAAAAAAUGAUUCAAAGGGUUAUUUAUUACCUUACUACUUCAUUGGCGAACGACGGGCGUAUCAUGCGCUCAUGGCGCAGCAGUUUAUUAACAUUUGUGCUAUGAUACGAGUGCCAUUAGUGAUGUGUUGUAGUGUGUGUGUGAUACCUCUCAAUAUGUCGGCCAUUGUUCACCAACUAUAUUUUCAGACCUGAGAUGCUCUGAUAACUUUAAUUAUGACCUUAAGACUGUUGGGUAAUGUAUUUUAUUUUUUAAGCCUUAACUGUUUUCAAACCUUUUUUCUGUAUAUUAUAAUUAAGGCCAAUAAUAUUUGUCAUGACAUCAGGAAAAUUGAUAUAAAUAUUUUUUGAUAAAUAAAGUAUUGUUUCAUUGGUCAAGGUCUUUUAUGAUGAAACCUAAAACUGGUAUGUUAAGUGUAUGAAACAACUGUAGAAUUCAUACUCUGGAACUUCAUGUCAUGUUGAUGACCAAAGGCCUUUGGUAUUUCAAUUUGUUAAUGAAAUAGUUAUGUUGCUUCACGAUUUAGCAAUAUUUAGCCUGUGUAAGUGUAAAAUUCUGUAAAUAAUGAAUUCUGCUAAAAUCGUGUAGUAUUUUCCUACAAAAUGUCUCAUGAAAAUACCAGGGGGUUUUAAGUUUAAAAUUAACCUUUGCAAUGAUUGUUUUAUAUAAAAUAUAAGACAUACAGACUGCAUAAUUUAUAACUUGUUUCAUUAAAUAAUAAUGUGUCUGCAAGUGGUUUGAAAGGUCUAGGUCUAGAGAUGUGUUUGUGCAUUGAUGUUCAGCUUUGUGUAUAUAAUAAUCAUUUCUGUACUACAUGUCAAUGUGUAGUUUGCUUCAAUCUCUGUUACUGGUAGUUAUAAAAGCUGCUGCAGCUGAGUCUGUUGUGUACAGAUUGUUAAAUAUAUUUUAUUAGUAUAUGCUUGUUACACAUGUUCAUGUUACUGAGACAUUUAAAUUAUCUGUUCUGCCAUUAUAUAAAGCCUUGCUUUGAGCAAAGAGGGUUUAAUGCAUGUGUGCAUGUUUGUCAAUUUCAUUCCAGAUUUGCGUGUGCAGUCCCCACAGGCUUAUCAGAAACUUCUCUGAUGAGCCUGUGCAGACUUCGUAGGCUAAUCUGGGAUGUCAAUGUACCCACUUGCAUUAAACCCUGUUUUCCCAUAUUGAGGGUCAUACAGAGAUAUUGUUUUAGAGUUGCUCAAUCACUCGUCAUUCUUCAACAGUAGUCGUUAUUAAUUAAACAUUGGUAUUGUACAUGUUAAA